AUGGCGACGCCCAUAAUGUACAAGUCUAACGAAAGUGACACAAACAAGUGCCUGUGGCACGAAAGUAUACCUGAAAUAGAUUCAACCCUUAAACUGACUGUGCAGCCGUAUCAAUACGAGCCAAUUAAAAGACAAGAAACAACAAGACAAUGGUGUUCCUGUAAAAAUUGUAUUACUAUGCCAACUGCAAAAGAAUGCAAAUGUUGCCUUUUUUAUGCUGCUAUUGAGUCAAGGUUGGAAGAGAGAGGAGAGACCUGCAUCACAGAACAUGAGGGUUUUGCAGCAAACUGUCUCAACAGAUGGGUUUUAGAGACAUCCUUUUAUGAAUAUCUAGAAGAACAUUGA